AUGGAUCUUUGUCUGAUUGAGGAACAGCCUCUUGAGCUAGAUUCUGAGAGUACUGAUGAAGAUAGGAGGUACUACAAAGAGUGGUAUAAGUGCAAUAGGCAGGCCAAAAAUGUUACUAGGAGUACCAUGUCAGACACUGUUAGAGGGUCGAUAGUGGAACUUGAACUGGCUAUGGAUUUUCUAGAGGCUAUAGCUGACAAAUACAGGGAGAGUGACAAGGCAGAAGGGGCUAGGCUUUCCAAGAAGUUUAAUGAGCUAAAGUAUUCUGGAAAUGGGAGUGUGAGAGAACAUAUUAUGCAGCUGAUUGAGAUAAAUGCUAGAGUGAGAGACCUAGAUAUGAGGGUUAAGGAUGAACAGGUUGUGCGUGUGGUGCUUUGCUCUCUGCCUAACACAUACAGUAACCUCAGGACCACUUACAAUGCACAGGAAACUAAAUGGGACCUUAAUAAGUUGAUCUCUAUAUGUGUGGAUGAGGAGGAUAUAAUUAAGAAGGAAAAAGAGCCAACUACUACAGUGAAUCUUGUUGAGAAACCAAAAUGGAAAAAGCAAAACAAGCUUAAAGUGAAGAAAACCACCAACACUAAAGUUACAGCAAAACCUGCAUAA